AUGGGCAACGUUACCAGCAGACCUGAUGAAGGGUCCGCCGCUCUAUAUCUCAGAGACCAGGAUAAGUUAAGCAUAUCUUCGCUCGUCGUCACGAACCCACGGAAGCGCAGCUCCCUCAGUAUAGUUCCAAAUGCAUUUCCAGCAAGCAAGGUAACCGUCAGUCGGUUGCCUGGUGAUCCAUCUCCCGUAGAAUUCGUACAGGACCCCGAAAUAUCCAACAGUCCCAACGGAGGACCGAAUAUUCUCCUCAAAUUGAGUAGUGAUGAUGAGCUCAUAUUUACCUUCACAUUUGUUAUCCGCCAGUCACACCAACUCGUCGGUUCCGAGGCGAAACCAGCAACCGUUGACACCAAUAUAUCUGGUCUUACCUUUGUCUGUGGCUCGAGGCCGCGAGAGGUGGCCAACCUCGUAACUCGCGAGUUCCACGCCGAUCCAAACCUACACAAGAACGCAAACGUCGAUCUUGUCGGUGACUACGGGACCAGCGGCAGUCCCUCGGUUAGUUUUGAAUGGACGUGGAAGUGGAAGCCCCCGAGGCCAGUUGAAGAUAAAGGAGGUGGUUGGAGAAAUAGCUGCAGUUUUGUUGAAUACGAUCCUCGAGCACAUCGUCUCGAUAUCCUAGCAAGCUUUUCCUACUGGGUUUCAAGUCCAGGAUCACCACUCAGCCACCCGAGUUCUCCCUCUCCGCAGUUUUACCUGAGCUCACCACCCAAAAUACGCGUUGCAUCUACGCAAUCGGUCGACUCUCGCCUGACUGGAAUCGAUUUUGACGAGCCCGGGUCUCCGCUUAUAAGCCCCAGCGACAACCUGACACAGACGACCACAAACACGACACAAGAGACGGUCAAGGUGGAUGUGCUGUGUCCCCGGCAUGACGAUGAUGUCAAUGUUAGCGACGAUGGACCGGUCUUUCGAGCAACAUUGAAGGCACUUGAACAGAAAACUGGAAACAUGCGAACGCAAAUGAAGAAGGUCCUGAAGCGAGCUGAGCAAGCGCACUUGCAGCAAACCGAGGCCAAUGAUGCAUUCAUAGCAUUCAUGGACGCUUUACAAGAGGCGUCUUCCACCAAUGCCAAUGCCUUUCAACCCGCACUGGAGCACUACUUUGAUAAGAUAGCUCGCGACGUCCUGUUGUAUGAACGCCAAAACACGGCCAAUCUGCAGAGAAUAAUCAUCGACCCCCUCAAUAAGCUCUACCAGUUCGAUAUCAAGCAGGCCGAGUCGAAGAAGCGUGAGUUUGAAGAGGAGAGUAAAGAUUAUUACGCCUACGUGUCGCGCUACCUGGGGCAACGGCAAGAUUCGGUCAAGGCCAAGAAGCUCGCCGACAGCGAUUCAAAGUAUCAGAACAAGAGACGAAACUUUGAGCUGAAGCGAUUCGAUUACUCCAACUUUAUGCAAGAUCUCCAUGGUGGCCGCAAGGAGCAAGAGGUGUUGUCCCAUCUGACGAGAUACGCGGAUGCACAAACAAAAGGUUUCCUCGCCACCGCAAAGAAAAUAGAGGAUUACUUGCCGCACCUGUCUGCGUUAAGCACCGAGGUCCAAGAAGCAACCAAAGAAUACGAGUACCGGCGACGAGAACGCGAGGAAAAGAGGCGGCAAAUGGAGAAGCCGAGCACACCCUACCUCGAGCCCGAGCAGGCUGGCCCAAGCAGCGCUGUUUCUCCAGCCGCAACAUCGAAUGGGACUGGCGGGAACACUUCCGACAACGAGCUUGGCCGGUCUGACAGCGCAGACUCGCAGGUCAAAACCGCCGUUGGUAUUGGAAUCAGCCAGCCCGCUGUUCCCCAAGGAGUUGAGCUGUCUCGGUCUCCCGGCAGCCAAGGACAGUCUUCCAUUGCUAGUUCGGCUGGAACCAAGUUCAAGGGAUUUCGAGACCUGGAGGAACGGGAUGCGAGCCAGACAACCGUAAUCCAACGAAAAGAAGGCCUGUUAUGGGCGCUCAACAGGCCAGGGGGUCAUGUCGAUCCACGCAACUUGAACAAGCAAGGAUGGCAUAAGUUUUGGAUAGUGUUGGAUCAGGGGAAAUUGUCCGAGUACAGCAACUGGAAGCAGAAACUUGACCUCCACAUGGAACCCAUCGAUUUACGCAUGGCUUCCGUUCGUGAAGCACGUAAUGCGGAGCGUCGUUUUUGCUUCGAGGUCAUCACACCAAGCUUCAAACGGGUUUACCAAGCGACGUCGGAAGAAGACAUGAACAGCUGGAUCACUUCCAUAAAUAAUGCCUUGCAAAGCGCAAUGGAAGGUCGCGGUGUCCAGGAACGCGCCUCAUCAAGCAAGUCGUCUGGCGAUUCGUCUUUGAAGAGGGAUAUCGGCUCAAUACUGACUGGCAAAACCCAAUCCCUGGGACAUGGCGGACACUCGCACCAUCAUCAUUCCAGCUCGACUCCAGGAAUUCCGGUGCGCAGAAUAACUGUCGGGGCACGCCCGAGUGUGGUGCGCACAAGCAGCUCAGGUUACGACGAGAAUCCAGACAAGCUGCUGCAAAUGGUCCGGAAUUCGGAUCAAGGCAAUUGCUGGUGCGCUGACUGUGGCUCUGGGUCCAAGGUGGAGUGGGUGUCAAUCAACCUAGGCAUCGUCCUCUGCAUCGAGUGCAGUGGGAUUCACCGAUCCCUGGGCACGCAUAUCAGUAAAGUACGAUCUCUCACCCUGGACAUCAAGUCCUUCACCAUCGAUAUUGUCGAGGUUCUCUUGCUCAUUGGAAACCGUGUUUCCAACAUGAUCUGGGAGGCUGGGCUAGAUGCUUCCACGAAACCAGGCCCCCAAGCGUCCCGGGAGCAGCGUCUGAAGUUCAUCACGUCCAAGUAUGUCGAACGGGCGUAUGUGAAGCCGAUUUCUGCCACCCUGUCAAGAUAUGCCACGCCUGAUGAAACCUUGCUGGCCGCUGUUAAGAGGAACGAGAUCCAGCAGGUGCUUUAUGCGCUAGCAUUGAGAGCCAACCCCAACGUCCUCGACAAGAUGAGGGGAACUCACGCGGUCUGGCUAGCCCUGGCAGCAGCAGAUCCAGCCUCCCCGUUUCCCGCCCAAGGCGUCAACGCUACCGAGGCGGACAUGAAGCCCGUGCCAUUCCCGGUUGCCGAGCUCUUGACGCAAAACGGUGCCGAGAUUCCCGCCUCCCUACCCGCUUUCCCGCUCGGACGGUACGCUCAGCAGUACUACGAACAAAAGUUGGGCAAGGGUCAAGCAACGACCGGGACCGAUGUGCUCGGCUCGCUGCCGCUCCAUUUGAGUAGCUCGAAUGACAGAAGCCAACGAGAGAAGGAAGCACGGCUGCAGAAACGCGUGAGCGCUGGGGGGCGGCUGGCAAAGUCUCCCAUACCCGAAAAAUAG